CAGCAUUGUCACGAUUGUGAUUGUCAACCAGCACAAUCUAAAGAUUUCCGAGGAGAAAAUGGAGAAGUUUAGCGUAGUAACACAAAGUCAAGUUAAUGUGCGAGUCACGAGCUCAGCAAAUUCAUUUGGGACAGAAAAAAGAUUCCCUAAAGACUUGACAAUUGCUGAUUUUAAGAACAAAUUGGAGUUGUUAACUGGUUCUACAUCUGGUAAUAUGAAACUAGAAGUUUACGAUGGAGAUAACAAAUUACUGUGUAAAUUAGACAAUGAUGAUGCACUCCUAGGUUCGUAUCCAAUAGAAGAUGGAAUGAGAAUCCAUGUUAUAGAUCCCACAAUUAAAAUAGGCGAGUUUGAAGAUGUAUCCAAAGUGGAAAAAUAUGAAAUGUCUGAGGAUGACUAUGCUCAAAAAACAGAUUCUGUUAGAGCUUUUAAGGAAAGGAACAAGUUAGGGAGGUUUAAGGAAGUGGACCCUGAAGAACAGAAGAGGUUAGAGGAGGAAAAACAAAGGAAAGAACAGGAAAACAAAGAGAAGGCCGAGAGCAUGAAAAUAGGGGAGAGAUGUGAAGUAAGAGUUCCUAACCAACCUACAAGAAGGGGUACAGUCAAAUAUGUAGGUUUAACAGAUUUCAAACCAGGAUAUUGGGUUGGUGUUCAUUAUGAUGAACCUGUAGGAAAGAAUAAUGGAAGUGUUGGGGGUAAGAAAUAUUUUGAAUGUCCUGAUAAAUAUGGAGGAUUUGUUCGACCAGAAAACGUGGAAGUCGGGGAUUUUCCUGAGGAGGGACUUGAUUUCAGUGACGAGGAUGAAAUAUAGGAAAUUGAGAGAUAUUUAAAAAAUGUGUUCUAGAAAUGUAGAUGUUCAAGGUUAAAAGUGCUUCAAGUCAGCUACAGUGGUUGUAAAAUAAAAAAAUAUAACAAUUUAACCUCAUUUUCUUGCAAGUUGUGCAAAACAUGAAAAAAAACCUAGCUUACUUGCAUUGUGCUUUUAUUGUAUAUGUAUUUACACCAUAUACAUUUGGUGUAUUAAUUGUAGAUCUUUUUCAUAUGGAUACUUGUCAUGCAAAAAUUAUUUCUUGCUGAUUUCAUUACCCUUUCACUUAAAACCAGAUUUUAUUGUUUUUUAUAUUGUUAUAAUAUGCCACUUAUGCAAGGUUUGAUUUGUGAUUCUAUGUGAACAAAACUAUUGGUUUGUGAACAGUGGAUAUGCCAUUACACAUUGAUACUGGACACAUUAUAUAGCUCAUAAUGGUAAACAUAAACGUAAUUGUAUAAAAAAAUAAAUUAUUAUUACACUAUCA